AUGCUUCUCCCUGGCGGAUCUCAGCCGCCGCCACCGCAGCGUGCGGUGGACCUGCUUGUCGACCUCCCGACGGAUGUCCUCGACAAGAUCCUCGCCACCUGCUCCCGCCCCCGCGACGUGGUCCGCGACGUCCGUGCUCUCGCCGCCGUGGCACCGCCGCUGGGAGUCGAUCCCGGCCUCGACAUCGAGCUCCAUGACGUCCGCGACGAAGGGGGCGCCUGGGGCUCCGUCGCCGGCUUCCUCAAGCGCUGCGCGGCCCCCGUAGGUCGCGUCAGCAUCCGCGGCAUCCCGCUGAGCUUCUACCACCGCGCCAACGACUGGGUGCUCGCCGUCGUGGGGAAGAACCCGCGCUCGCUGUCCCUCAAGCUCCCCCCUGGCCACGCCUCUGCCGUCGCUCUUCCGCUACGACCCCGCCGCGCUGGCCGAGCUGGAGCUGCGCUGCUGCGGGAUCCUGGAGCCGCCUACCGGCUUCACGGGUUCCAGUGGCUAACCAAGCUCGAUCUGGACGACGUGUUUUUCACGGUCCCAGGCGGGUGGGUCAUCCAGGCGCCCAACCUCCGGCGGCUGGUCCUGUGCCUGCCGAUCGCUGGCGCUGGCCUCUGGGAGCUUGGGCCGCUUCCGAACCUGGAGUUGGCCAGAAUCUUCCUCAACGACUCUGCAGAGGACAGAGACUUCGUCCAGAUGUUCACAGCCAUUUCCAACGUCAGGGAGCUUCACAUCGGCAACUUUCACAUCAACAAACAGGUCAUUUUGAGAGCGCAUCUCUUUUGCAUACACACAUGCUUAAGUGAGGCAAGAACAUAG